CCUCUCCUCUCCACAAUCGAUUAUACGCACAAACCCCCUGUUGGCCUUGGGAGUCCAUGCCUCUCGGCACCACCACCAACAACCGCGACCCCCAAAAAGGACCUCACGUUUGACAUCUUUCGCAUUCCCACCACAAGCCAAAAGCCAAAAGCCAAAAGGCCAAAACCAGCCACCACCACCACCACCACCACCCGGAAAGGAUCCUCCUUUUCGGGUUCUUUCCCUUCCUACCUCGCCGGCCCGACGGACCCAGGAACGGUUCUCUUCGCCGAUCGCCCCAUUGACCUCCAUUGCCGUUCCUCCGCGCCGUGAAUCGAAGAGGGUCGAGGGGCGAGAAUGGCGGUCUCGAGCGGCUUCACCGGGGCGAAGCUGGAGAAUCUGCUUCUCCUGUGUAAUGGGUCGCCGUCGCCGUCCGCGACGAGGGCUUCCUUGUUCUUGUCGCCUCAAAUUGGGUUGCCCAGGAGGCGAUCUCUCGCGCAGAGGAGCGUUGGGGUUGGGGUUGGGUUCAAUCGGGUGGUGAGAUGCGAAGUCGCCGCGUCGGGCGUUGUGUCGGAAUCGCCCAAGAUUGAUACUUCCAAUAUCUCCGCUCUCGAGCAGCUCAAGACCUCUGCUGCUGAUAGGUAUACAAAAGAAAGGAGCAGCAUUGUGGUUAUUGGGCUUAGCGUGCACACAACUCCUGUGGAAAUGCGCGAGAAACUUGCCAUUCCUGAGGCAGAAUGGCCUCGAGCCAUUGGAGAACUAUGUAGUUUGAACCAUAUAGAAGAAGCAGCUGUCCUUAGCACCUGCAACAGAAUGGAGAUAUAUGUUGUUGCUUUGUCUCAGCACCGUGGGGUUAAAGAAGUGACUGAAUGGAUGUCUAAGACUAGCGGGAUUCCUGUUUCAGAGCUUUGUCAACACCGGUUUUUGUUGUACAAUGGGGAUGCUACACAGCAUCUUUUUGAAGUCUCAGCAGGUCUUGAUUCUCUUGUCCUGGGAGAGGGCCAAAUUCUUGCACAGGUUAAACAGGUUGUAAAAGUUGGCCAAGGAGUAGUUGGAUUUGGGAGAAACAUUAGUGGGCUUUUCAAGCACGCCAUCACUGUGGGAAAGCGGGUCAGAACAGAGACAAACAUUGCUUCUGGAGCUGUUUCUGUAAGUUCUGCUGCCGUGGAGCUGGCUUUGAUGAAGAUCCCGGAGUCCUCCCAUGGUACAGCCAGAAUGGUAGUAAUUGGAGCGGGCAAGAUGGGAAAACUCGUGAUCAAGCACUUGGUGGCAAAAGGGUGUACAAAGAUGGUGGUAGUGAAUAGAAGUGAGGAGAAAGUUGCUGCGAUUCGCGAAGAGAUGAAGGGUGUUGAUAUUAUCUACAAGCCCCUCACAGAAAUGAUCAAUUGCGCAGGCAAAGCUGACGUGAUAUUCACGAGCACAGCAUCAGAGACACCUUUGUUCUUGAAAGGGCAUGUUGAGACUCUUCCUCCUGUGAGUUCGGAAGUUGGGGGUCUGAGACUCUUUGUUGAUAUAUCUGUUCCUAGGAAUGUGGGUUCGUGCGUAGCUGAUGUCAGCACUGCACGAGUGUACAACGUCGAUGACCUUAAGGAGGUUGUGGCAGCCAACAAGGAGGAUCGCCUCCGGAAAGCCAUGGAAGCUCAGGCAAUAAUCGGCGAGGAGUCUAAACAAUUCGAAGCUUGGCGGGAUUCAUUAGAAACUGUUCCUACCAUCAAGAAGCUGAGGGCUUAUGCAGAAAGAAUCAGAGUCGUGGAGCUAGAGAAGUGCCUGUCAAAGAUGGGCGAUGACAUACCGAAGAAAACUAGGCGAGCGGUGGAUGAUCUCAGCCGAGGAAUAGUCAACAAGCUGCUCCAUGGACCAAUGCAACAUUUGAGAUGUGACGGUACCGAUGGGCGUACUCUGAACGAGACCCUCGAGAACAUGCACGCGCUUAACAGAAUGUUCAGCCUCGAGACAGAGAUCUCUCUUUUGGAACAGAAGAUCAGAGCGAAAGUCGAACAAAUCCAGAAAUGAGCUCCAGUACUGAAUUCUUCUCACAUAACUUCCCUCUUACUGCCUCAGAAAUCAGAAUAAGAGGAUUACGUGUUCCUCACCUUGUCAAAGUUUUCACUCUUCACUUCAAAGGUAGAUGAGGAUUGCAGAAUUCUGAGGGGGUCAAAUGGCAGAUGACCCUCCUGAUCGACCCUCGUCUAUAUGGGUUGCUCUUACUGCUCUGUAUGUUCAUUCGGCUUUGUAGGAUACAAGUGAGGGAUUUUUGGCGCGAGCUUGGUAUGUAUAUCAAGUUAUUAUCCGCGGAGCCGGUUUGUAUGUUAUACUGCUACCGUUGUAAUUAAUCAUUCGAUUUUUUUCAAA